CGGGCAUCUCGGGUCACAGAAUCAUAACAAAGUGAAGGUGUGAGAGUGCACUAUAAAGAGUUGGUAUGUUUCGAAGAGUGGUUGGUAAAACCUUGGGUUUCCUAGGAUACGCCAUUCAGUAUGGUUGUAUCGCACACUGCACCUUUGAGUAUGUUGGAGAAAUAGUUAUAUGCUCUGGACCUUCUAUGGAGCCCACAAUAAAGAAUUACGAUGUUGUGUUAUGUGAAAAUUUAAGUCGACACUUUUUCACAAUUAAUAGGGGGGAUAUUGUGAUUGCAAAAAGUCCAAACAAACCAAGUGUCAACAUCUGUAAGAGGGUAAUUGGAUUAGAGGGCGACAAAAUAUGCACCAGCAAUCCGCUAGGCUUCAUCAAGAGACAUACUUAUGUUCCCAAAGGACAUGUUUGGUUAGAGGGAGACAAUCUACAAAACUCCACUGAUUCCAGGAGCUACGGACCAGUUCCAUAUGCACUUAUAAGGGGCCGGAUUUGUCUCAGGGGUUCAAAUUAACUUUUCACACUGGCGAACCAUCUGUAUCCAAUGAAUGGAAUCUUAAUCUGAAGACAAAGUCGCUUUGUGGGAGCAUCAAUUAAAUCAGCAGGGCACAUCAUAUAAGGCAUUACCGUACUCCAAAAUUUCAAUUCACGAAUAAAACCCUUUUGUGUUUUGAUUUAGGAAGGUUUUUUUUUUUUUGUUACUGUGUAAUUGAGCUAUUAAAAAAGGUAAAACCA